GAAGGGAAUUUUGCUCAGCUUACCAGACUAUAAUACGUUAGAAAUACUCGAUCAUAGCUCUUCUUUCACAAAUCAGUUUCGAAGAAGCUCCUCAAAAUCACAGAAACAGCUCUUUCCUUCCAUAACAGAACCCGACUACAAAGAAGAAAGAAAAUUCAGUCAUAAUGCCUGAGCAGCAAAUUCCAGUUGUUUCACUAUCAAUGGACCAAGCCGGACUGACUACGGAGCAGGUUCUUAAGAGGGAUAUCCCAUGGGAGGCGUAUAUGACGACAAAGUUGAUCUCGGGGACAGACCUUCAACUAUUGAGGCGCUAUGAUAAUCGAUCUGAAAGUUACAGGGCACAAUUGUUAGAUGAUGAUGGUCCAGCUUAUGUUCGGGUAUUUGUCAGCAUCUUGCGAGAUAUAUUUAAGGAAGAAACAGUUGAAUAUGUUCUUGCUUUAAUUGAUGAAUUGCUAACAGCUAAUCCAAAAAGAGCUAGAUUAUUCCAUGACAAGUCUCUAACGAAUGAGGAUACUUAUGAACCUUUCUUAAGAUUGCUAUGGAAAGGUAACUGGUACAUACAAGAAAGGAGCUGCAAGAUACUUGCUCUGAUAGUUAGUGCUAGGCCAAAAACACAAGAUUGCAUCACUGCAAAUGGACAAGCAUCAAAUUCAAAGAGAAAAGUCACUUCCAUUGAUGAUGUGUUGAAAGGAUUAGUUGAAUGGCUUUGUGCUCAGCUGAAGAAGCCUUCACAUCCUACUUGGGGUGUUCCAACUGCUAUUAGUUGCAUUGCAAUGUUACUGAAAGAACCUGUGGUGAGGUCUUCUUUUGUUCAGGCAGAUGGAGUGAAACUUUUAAUUCCUUUAAUUUCUCCUGCUUCUACCCAGCAAUCUAUCCAGCUUCUCUACGAAACAUGUCUAUGUGUCUGGCUAUUAUCUUACUAUGAACCAGCAAUUGAAUACUUGGCUACUUCUAGAGCCUUGCCGCGAUUAGUAGAGGUUGUAAAGAGUUCCACUAAGGAGAAGGUUGUCCGGGUCAUUGUCUUAGCCUUUAGGAACCUGCUUUCCAAAGGUACUUUUGGCGCUCAGAUGGUAGAUCUUGGUCUACCACAGAUUGUGCAGAGUUUGAAAGCACAAGCAUGGAGUGACGAGGACUUGUUGGAGGCUCUGAACCAACUGGAAGAAGGCUUGAGGGAUAACAUUAAGAAACUGAGCUCUUUUGAUGAGUAUAAGCAAGAAGUUCUCCUUGGGCAUCUCGAUUGGUCUCCCAUGCACAAAGAUCCUAUAUUCUGGCGUGAAAAUAUUAACAAUUUUGAGGAAAAUGAUUUCCAGAUUCUAAGGGUCCUUAUUACAAUUUUGGAGACAUCGAGUGACGCAAGAGCUCUGGCUGUUGCUUCCUUUGAUCUCUCACAAUUUAUACAGUACCACCCUGCUGGGCGGAUUAUAGUGACGGACCUCAAGGCGAAGGACCGAGUGAUGAAACUGAUGAACCAUGAAAAUGCUGAAGUUACCAAAAACGCCCUGCUCUGUACUCAAAGGCUUUUCCUGGGCUCCAAGUAUGCAAGCUUUUUGCAGGCCUGAUUCUAUGAGUGCCAUGUAUAAUAAGACUGUAAUGUUCCGGGCCAUCUGCAUAAAUUGAAUGAAUCCUGAAGUUAGCUUCUUGGUUGUCUCGGAAUUUGAUAAGAGCUCCUCUUUACCAGGCGUUAAAUUUUGACAAAUUGAAGAAUUGGUCUUUUCUGUUCUACCAAAUUGCGGAAUAUUGUUUGCAGUUUCUUAAGUAUUUAUUAAUUUUUUAAUUUUUUUCUUUUUUUUCUUUCUUUCGGAUGUACAUGCCUUUGGAGUGUUAGUUGGUUUGGUUGUUCAAUAAUGUCAUCUAACAAUCGGGAAAUUUUUGGAGUUUACAUCUAUAAUUCAUUGAUUUAUGCAGUUUUUUUUA